AUGCUCCCCAUCCAGGCCCACGUACCACGCGGCCCGACAGCGAGCGCGCAGCGCAGACUCUUCGUCAUCCUCGAGCAGGCGUGUCUCGAGGCGUAUCGCGUCGGCACGAACCCGCCGAAGGGCGGGCGCAACGGGGGGAACGGCCGCGAGGGCGAGGCUAAGUACGCGCUGCUCAACUGCGACGACCAUCAGGGCAUAUUGGCCAAGACGGGGAGGGACAUUGCGGACGCAAGGCCGGAUAUCACGCAUCAGUGCUUGUUGACGCUACUCGACUCGCCGUUGAACAAGGCGGGGCUGCUGCAGGUGUACAUCCACACUGCGAAAAACACACUCAUUGAAGUCAAUCCCCAUGUGCGCAUCCCGAGGACAUUCAAGCGGUUCAGUGGGCUUAUGGUCCAACUGCUGCACAAGCUCUCGAUUCGCGGCGUCAACGGCCCAGAAAAACUUCUCAAAGUCAUCAAGAACCCCGUGACGGACCAUCUCCCUCCCAACACAUACAAACUGACGCUCUCGGGAGACGCGCCAACAGUGCGCCUGUCGCGGUACCUCCCAACGCUCCCGCAGACACACUCGGUUGCCGUGUUCGUGGGCGCAAUGGCACGUGGGCGGGAUGACUUUGCGGACCACGUCGUGGAUGAAAAGAUCAGCAUCAGUGAUUAUCCGCUAAGUGCGAGCGUCGCUUGUGGAAAGUUCUGCUGCGCGCUCGAGGAGCUCUGGGACAUCGUCUGA